CCAUCCGAUCAUACAAAAAAAUACAAGUACACGAAAACCUUCGGACAGACGGUCCGAUUUGUUCCCUCUAGGCUUCUAUAAACACCCAUCUGGUGCACCGAUCGCGCACUCUCUAAUUCCACUAAUCACCACUGUAAAUCUUAUUCAUGCCUUCCUUAAUCGCCCACAAGCCUCCUCCCUCCCCCGACGGCGGCGAGAGCGCGCUCGCUCUCCCAGCCACGGCGGUGAGCAGCUGCCUCUGCCUCAAGGCGGCGGCCGGCGAGCCGAGAUCGCUCGCCAGGGAGGUGGUGCUGCGGCGGAUCCGCCACCGGAAGCGCGUCGCCUGGGUCCGGAGUGCUCUUCGGACUCUGCUGAAGCCGGCGGCGCCACCCACCUCGGCCGGCGGGAGGGAGACGAAGGAGAAGAACGUCGUCGAGCGGGAGCCAGACUACUCGUCGUGGCUCGACGACGCCUUCGCCUUCCCUUGAAUUUGGCGAUUGCAGCAGUAUCAUGUUUGUUGCAUUAAUUAAUGAUAAGAUCUUCAGUAAUGAUUGUCCAAAUCAAAUUUCUGUUUACUGGAGGGGACAACGAUGGAUAAGGCAUCGUACGACAAAGUGGGUGGCGACAUUAGAUGCUCAGGAGGAGCCCAACUAAUUGGAUGC